GGCGGAGCUUACUCCGGCUGGUAACGGGGAGAAGAAGCCGAGGCAACAGCGGACACGGACGGACGCCCUCGCUCGUCUUCAUCUCGUGUCUAGCGGCUGUUUCCAAAUGGCAACGACAGCGGACGACCAGCGGGAACCGGAGGACGUCGCCGCGCUGUCGACGCACCACGGCUGCCACCACAACAGCAACAACAACAACAACAACAAUAAUAAUAACAACAACAAAGACAGCGAGGCGGGAGAGAGCGCGACGUCCGCCACCGCCAGCACCACUGAACCCGGCGGGACGGCGUCGCAGAGCAUCGGUAACGGCUCGGUUAUUAACCCCAGCGGGGGGAACAACGGGAAGUGGGUCCGACUGAACGUCGGCGGCACCGUCUUCCUCACAACGCGGCAGACUCUCCUCAAAGAGCAAACUUCGUUUCUUUACCGGCUGUGCCAACAGCAGGACCUGCACUCAGACACGGAUGAGUCGGGAGCCUACGUGAUCGACAGAGACCCGACCUACUUCGGGCCCAUCCUCAACUACUUGCGGCAUGGCAAACUGGUCUACAACAAGGAGCUGGCUGAAGAAGGUGUCCUGGAGGAGGCAGAGUUUUACAACAUCACCCCGCUGAUCAAACUGAUCAAGGAGAGGAUCGUGGAGAGGGACUCCAAAGCCACACAGCAGGUGCCCCCCAAGCAUGUCUACCGAGUGUUGCAGUGCCAGGAGGAGGAGCUCACCCAGAUGGUCUCCACAAUGUCGGACGGCUGGAAGUUUGAGCAGGUCAGCGUGCGCGCCUGCAGAAAGCCCCGCACCGGACUGCUCUGGACUAUGGUGAACAUCGGCUCGUCAUACAGCUAUGGAACAGAGGACCAGGCUGAGUUUCUGUGUGUCGUGUCCAAGGAGCUUCACACUCCGGGAUCUGGGCUGGCUACAGAGCAGAGCCACAAAACCAAGCCGGCGGAGAUGCAGGAGGAGGAAGCCGCGAAGGAUGAGGAGGAGGAGGAGGAGGGAGGGAGAGAUACCACACCAAAUGAGUGGCUUAGAGAAUGAGGGAGUCAUGUUUCAUUGUUCCAAAGAGAGGCGGGAAUGGCUUUUCCAGAUCCAUGGGUCCCGGAUGUAGAAAUGACAAGAAAUUUAAGUUAUUUUUUUCUAGGCUUAUCACAACAUGGUGUAUGUGUGCGUCAAUGGACACUCAUCGAAACAGAUUUGUAGCAUUGUUAUCAGUUCAUUGACAAAAUGCCAGUUAGGAAGAGAACCAAACGACCAAAAAGAAGAAAAGAAAAAAAAGAUCUUAAAUCUCACAGUCAGGCACAGCAAUAUGUUCAGAAAUAUUUUUCAGGCGAAUUAAUUUUAUUAGUAGAGAUGAUAAUGUGUCGGUGUGUGCAAACGUUACAUUGCCAAGGGCAGUAGUGGAGCUUAGUAAAUUAUAACCAAAGAUCCAGAUUAAAGCUGGCCGAACCAAGGUGCUGAACCGAAAUAUGAGAGAGAAUAGAAAAUCUGCCUGAGGAAAAAUUGACAUUGUCUUGCCGUUGUUACCCAGUGAGGAGCUUUUUCUGUGUCACUAUGAUCUGAUGAAUGACGGAUGAUGUGAAAGGAUCAGAUUUUAACUGUGUUACACGUACCCUAAUGUUAACUCAAGGCAAAUCCCGUAGUCUUCUCAUUUAUUUUGCACUUGAGGCAAAAGUUUUGACUGCAGACAUUUCAGACAGGACCAACUUUACUUUACUUGUUAAAUGAGGAGGUUAUAAUGAUGGUAAUUUAAUUUAAUGUUGCUGUCAGUGUGAAAACUAGGACGGCACCGAAUGGAUGUGGCUGUUCAAUAUGAAUAUUCAUUCCUUUUUUCUAUGUAGAGUUUGAGACUUUGAACAGGGUUUGGUAAUACACGUAAUACAGUAAACAAGCCAAGUGGGCCCUUCGAGCUAACGCAAGCUAACUAUGCUAAUGAUAUCAAACAAAAGCCAGAGACGAUAUCGUAUUAAGUAGCCGUGAGCUGUAAAGGCAGAAGAUAGCGUUAUCUAAAAGCCUCUCUUCCUCUGGGCAGCUGCCUCCGUCUUAGUCAGACUUACCUUGGCUCUUGGUCUGCAGCUGCCUGUAACAGAGAGCAGCGUGACAGCAAAAAGCUCUCACUCUGCAGCCACAUCUGGGGACUGAAUCGUCCCCAGAAAUAUACUGACUGACCAAAAUAAAAAGACUGCCCGACUUGAGGAGAUCUUUGUUGACUAUGGGGUCACCGACACUGAUGAGUUGAAUCUUCAGGGACUCUCAGGGGGCAGCCGUAGUGAAAACACUGGUUUGAUCUUGUACACUGACCUCGCAACCCCUGUAGUCGAGGCUGGAGCAGAUCUUGGCAGUGUGCACUGCAUACAAAGCAGAUAUGAGUCAGUGCGCCUUUGGUUCUGAGUUGCAUCGGGUGCAUUGACCCUGGUCUACCUGUGUGAACAUGUUUUAACCCUGGUGUGAUCUCAUGGUAUUAGAUGUUAGCCAUUUAUGGGUUCUCUUUGCUGACAGAUGGAUCAGUGUAGCUGGAGACAGAUGUAUUAUCCUACGCCAUUUUUUACUGGUCACCUUACAAAGGCUUCAUCUCCUUACAGACAGGCUAUCAUUGUCCAACAGAGCAGCCAGCACACCGCACUGACAGAAACACACACUGCUCUACAUUUUCUCCCUGCGCCAACAUCCUGUCUUGAGCUGAUGCACACCUGCAUCACCUCGUGCCACUGCAUGCUCAGCAGCAGCGUCGUCUCAGGCUGUCGCCCUGGCUGAGAUCCAGAGCCAGCUUUGGCCCCAGCUGACAGAGAGAUGUUGGUGUGAGUCAGAGAAGGCUGUAACUGAGAGGGGUAGAGGGUGGGAGGAGGGGGGGGGGGGGGGAUCAAAAUAAGGAGGAGAGACAGGAGAAUGAGGUGUAUCUCUGCCUUGCAGUAAUGAUAGUCACACUAGGUCCUCUAUCAUCUUUGUUUGUAAAAUAAUGAACAGCAGAUCUGCCGCAGUGCAGGUGUAUGAUUGAAAAGGUUUUUAAGAAGCAGCAAGUUAGAUCACACAUGACUUUUAAUGACCUCUGUUGGCAACUUGUAGGAACUGCACCACGGAUCAAAUUUGGAACCACCUCACAGGUCUGUGGCACAACCCCUGACAGUCUGUAUAGUGCUGUGUAAUGACAUGAAUUAGCAGAUGUACCUGCCAUGAGGUCUUGACAGCAUAUUCACUGGUAAAAAUCUGCAGCUGCAGUUGUUGAAUGCUGGAAAGUAGCUUAAAAAUAACAGGGUGUUCAGUUUUUAUCAGCAGGUAAUAAACUGUGUAAAUACACAUACAGCCUAGAAUACAUCUACAGUACCCCAGCAUCAUGACGUAGCCUAUUAGAAAACAUUUAACCAAAUAAAACACAGAAAUACAUUGUAGAACAAAUGCUAAUGGGAGCGGGGCAGGUCUCUUUUAAAGCAUUUCGUGGAGGCAUAAAUAAUUUAACUCAUUGAGUUCAUCUGCAGUGGUAGGAGCCAAAAAACAAAACAGUUAAGACAAUACAAUACAAAGGGGAGAAGAAGGCGAAUGGGUAACUAUGCUAUGAUAUGUUGGUUGGCUACAUAUUCCAGUUCAUGUUCAAAAUUUAAAGUGAAAACAGACAACUUUACAACCCCCACACCAGGUUUUAGACCAUCUUUGAAAGCCUUAGCAAUAUGCGGUCGCUCAUGUUAAUCCAUUGUGGGAUAUUUAUGCUGACAACAUUUCCUUAAACAUGUGGGAAGUGAAGUUUUUAGCUGCAGUUACUCUAACACGGGUACACAUAGCAUUUGCU